UCUCCUCCGAUCAAAAACAAAUCCUCUGAUCCUCUUAUUUUUGAUGAUGGGAAGAAGAAUUCUGUAGGGAGGACAAACAGAAAAAAGGGGUUUUCGUUUCUCUUCUAGGGUUUGUUUUUCUGUACCUUCUCUGUUUUUUUUCGUUAUUUUCAGAAGGCGAACGAAGUUUUGAUUCGUUACUCCAAAAAUCUAACUGUUGCAGCAAACAGAAUCAAAAAUUUUUUUAGGAUUAAAUGAUGGAUUCUGUUGAAAAUCAACAAGGGUUUAAUGAAGAACAAGUACAUAGAUUAGAACCAGAAUUACAACAUCAUCAACAACAACAAGAAGAAAUUGUUCAAAAUAGUCACAACGUUGAGGAGGAGGAGGAGGAGGAGAAUAAUAGAAACCCAGUUUAUGAUCAUCAUCAUCAUCAUCAAAUGAACAACAGCAACCCAUCACAAGAAUCAACAGAACCAGUACAGUACUUGUGUUUGAAAGAAGAACCAACAGAAGAUCCAGAGAAUGAAGAAGAAACAGAACAACAUCAACAAGGUGGUGUUUUGACGAUUCAGACUCCGAGUCAAAUGGCGAUUCAAGUAAGAAAAACAGCCCCAACUUCCACAGCACUCACAACAAAAUCAAACACAACCACUGUAGCAAAAAGGGCAUCAACAAAAGACAGACACACAAAAGUUGAAGGAAGAGGAAGAAGAAUUCGUAUGCCAGCAACAUGUGCAGCAAGGAUUUUCCAGUUAACUCGUGAGCUUGGUCAUAAAUCAGAUGGUGAAACAAUAAGAUGGUUGCUAGAACAUGCUGAACCAUCUAUUAUCCAAGCUACAGGUACUGGCACCAUCCCAGCUAUUGCUAUGUCAAUUGGUGGUACACUCAAAAUCCCCACAACCUCACCUGCAGCACCAGAUGGUGGUGAUAUUACAAAGAAGAAGAGAAAAAGACCUACAACUUCUGAUUUCUUUGAACCAGUUUCUUUAAAUGGUGGGAAUGUUUCAAUUUCAUCUGGGUUAGCUCCAAUUGGUGGUGGUGGUGGGAGUAAUUUUCCAAUACCUUCUUCAUCUGGUGCUGGGAUGGUUAAUACUCAACAUGGGUUAGUUCCUAUGUGGGCUGUGAGUACAGGUGGGAGAAUUUCGCCAUCAAAUGCUGUUGCUGCUGGUACUUUUUGGAUGAUUCCACAGGGAACAACUAUUACUCCUGGAGUUGUUGCUGGAAGUCCAAAUAUGCAACAAGGAGCUGCUCCUCAGUUAUGGGCAUUUCCUGCUCCUGCAGCUGCUGCUGCUAAUGUUUCUGCUAGACCAAUUUCUACUUUUGUUUCUGCUAUGCAACCAAAUUCAACUGGGUUUGCUUUUGUUGAUGGGUCUCAAACUCCAAUAUCCACUGAUGCUUCUACAACCACUAUGGCUCCUAGUUCAGCUUCAACCACAACAGAUACUAGUACUGCUGCUGCUGCCAAUUCAGGUCCUCCUCCACAAAUGCUUAGAGAUUUUUCUUUGCAAAUUUAUGAUAAACAAGAACUUCAAUUCAUGGGUGGUAGUGGUAAUAGUAGUCAUUCUACACGGCAACAACAACAACAGCAGCAGCCCGAAGAGAAUACAAGUUAGAGAAUGGGGGAUUGAUUCUCUUGCUCAGAAGAAUAUUUUAUAAAGGGUUUGGUUUAUUUUGUUCUUUUUGUCUGUGAUUAAGGAAAGAAUUAGGGUUUAUCUUUUGGGGUUUUUGAAAUAGUUUUUUUCUAACAGUUCUUCAGUGCAAAGUCUCCAAAUCCACCAUUAAUGAAAAAUUCCUUCAUCAAC